AUGAGUGCAGCUGAUUCGGAGGGCAGUACGCCCGCGUCUAGCCCACCGCCACCAGACUCAGAUGAGAAGGAGCCUGAUGUGGAGGAGGACCAAGAGACAGCUGAGCGACUUCAAAUGCUCACCAACCUGCUCGAGAAGUCCACCGUCAUCGUGGAGGUUCUGAAGCAGCAAAUGGAUAGGGUGAAGUUGAGCGGUACUCACCGCACGAUCAAACGCAACGCACCGACGUCGAAGAGGGCCGAGAAGUCCACCUCCAAUGGCAAGGCACAUACUGCAAAGCGCGUGAAGUUGGACGAGGAUCCGCAGGCCACAGACACGUAUGACGCGAAGGAUGCGAAGGACACGACGCCGUUCGAACAACCUGCACUGAUCACUGGUGCGACAUUGAAAGACUAUCAACUGGAAGGUGUCGCCUGGAUGGCUGCGCUGCACCAGAGUGGAAUGUCGGGCAUCCUAGCCGAUGAGAUGGGUCUGGGAAAGACACUCCAAACCAUUGCAUUCCACGCUUUUCUGCGUGAGCGCUCUUCGCUACCUUUCCUUGUGUUGUGCCCGCUCAGCGUGUUGAAUAACUGGGUGGAAGAGUUUGAACGCUUUGCUCCUGACAUUCCUGUGGUCAUGUACCAUGGUACGCCCGAGGAGCGUGCUGAGAUUCGACACAAAAAGAUGGUGUUCUCGGAAGCGGACAUGCAAGCCCAAAACAGACAGAAAGGUGGUUCCUCUCGCGGGGCCAGCCCAGCUGCUUCCUCAUCUUCAUCGAAGGGGAAAUCAAAGACUUCAAAGAACAAGGCCACAGCGAACAAUAACAAGGGCCGUGCUAACUCGUCUCAACCUCGCGUCAGCGUCAGCAAGAAGGCAACGUCCCUACCUCCACAUCAGCGCACCAAUUUCCCCGUGGUCAUCACGACAUAUGAGAUGCUCAUGAAGGAUCGCGCCUACCUGGCGGAGUACUACUGGGGCUUCAUUGUCGUCGAUGAAGGGCAUCGACUGAAGAAUAUGAACUGCAGACUGAUCCGCGAACUCAGGAUGAUACCAGCAAGCUCGAGGAUGAUCCUCACAGGGACACCGCUGCAAAAUAACCUCUCCGAGUUAUUCGCUCUCCUGAACUUUGUGCUUCCCGAUAUGUUCUCUGAUCCUGAGGCGUUCGAGAAGUGGUUCAAUCUUCCGCAGCUGCAAGCUAAUCUCUCGAGCUCGCGUUCCGCUCAGAUCAUACACUCCCUGCACUCGAUCCUGCGACCGUUCCUGCUUCGGCGACUCAAGGUCGAUGUCGAGACUAACUUGCCACCAAAGAAGGAGUACGUGCUCUACGCGCCUCUGAGUGAGCGCCAGCGCGAACUGUACGACGCCAUCGCGAGCGGAGGCCUGCGCGCGCUCCUCACCAAGGAGGCGGCCGAGAAGCAAGGCCAGUCGGACGACGAGGAAGAGGUUCCGUUGAAGGCGCAGGCAAAAGGGAAGGGCCGAGCGGGACUGCGGCGAACCAAGCGAAAGAGCUACGCUGUGGAUGGGAACGAUGACGAGUACUUCAGGAAGCUGGAAGCUGGAGAGAUCGACGACAUCAGGAGAAGAGAGCAGGAGAAAAGUAAUGAAGAGCUCGCACGCGAAUGGCGCAGGAAGGCACUAUUGUCCAAGGUGAACCGGAUGUCGUUGCAGAACAUGGUGAUGCAGCUCCGCAAGGUCUGCUCGCAUCCGUUCCUCUUCGAUUGGCCGAUAGACCCGAAGACCCGCCAGCCCGUGAUCAAUGACGAGUUGUCGACAGCCAGCGGGAAGAUGAUGGUCCUUGAACGGCUGUUAGUAGAGCUUUUCGAGCGGGGCCACAAGGUGCUGCUCUUCAGCCAGUUCACGACUAUGCUGGAUAUCAUUGAGGACUGGGCUACUGAGUUCAAGGGGUGGUCGCUGUGUCGUAUCGACGGGUCGACGUCCAUGGCCGAUCGGCGGGAUGAGGUGGACAGGUUCCAGAAGAGCGGGGACGCUCCCGACGCGCCGCGUCUCUUUCUGCUCAGCACGAGGGCUGGAGGAUUGGGUCUCAACCUAGUUGCUGCAGAUACGGUCAUCUUCUACGACCAGGACUGGAACCCUCAGAUGGACCUGCAGGCGCAGGACCGGGCACACCGCAUCGGGCAGACGAAGCCCGUGCUCGUGUUCCGCAUCGUCAGCAAGCACACCGUCGAGACGAAGAUCAUGCAGCGCGCGAACGACAAGCGCAAGCUCGAGGCGCUCGUCAUCGCCAAAGGCGAAUUCAAGGACCCGACGCUCGCGCCGAGCCGCAACAGGAAGGAGACCAUGGCCGCGAUGGCCGCGGCGCUCCUCAAGCUCGAGGGCGAGCAGAUCGAGGUCGUGCCGAGCACGGCGGCGGGGAAGGCGAGCGUCGUCAGCGAUGAGGAGCUCGACGUCUUGCUCGAUCGCAGCCCUGAGGUUUACACGGAGCGCGGCAGAGGGUGGACGUCCGCUGGCUCGGCGAUUGGGGAGAAGAAGGGCGUGGAGAAGGAGGGCAAGGGUGGUGCGGCGCGGACGGCUGCGUUCGCGGUGUAUGAGGCGCCUGUUACUAAGGGAGGCGACUUCCUGGCCGAGAUGUUGGGAGAGGAAGAGGAGGAGGAAGACGAAGAAGGACGGGCAUGA